AUGGCCAGCAUCAGUGGAGUUAAAGGUGAGGAGCUGUGCUGUGAGGAUGAAGAGUGCUGGGCUGCAGAGGUUCCUGACUAUCGUAUUGCGGACCGUAAUGAGACUCGUCAGGAGGCAAUGGCGUUUUCAGAUCCACAGGAUUGUGACAACAUCAAUGGAACCUGCUGGUUACAUUCAACUCGUCACAUGUUGCAAAUUUUUUCAUUUAAGUUGGCUAACAUUCCUGUGAAGCGUGGCCCAGUAGAAUUGUAUGGAUACAUAGCAGCACGGGAUACGCUGGAUCCGUUACUUAAUUAUGUCAUCAAUUUUAGCAGGGAUGAUCCCAUCAUCGUCGAGCAGGGUUCUCUCAUCAACAUGUCUGGUCCGAAGCGAGGGAUCCAAUUGGUUGACACAACUCUAAUCGAAUAUGACAUGAAGAUCAAGACAGGUGGACAUGAAAGCGAAGAUCUACAGCUGAUCGAUGGCGUAUCACUCGUAGAUGAUAUGGAUACGUGGAAUUGCAGCCCAUUCACGUGGCGCAUGCAUGGUGGCUGUGGUGCGAUCGACAUAACUGCUUCACGUCUUAACUUUGCGGUUGAGGCGACCGUGGAAGUCGCCAUAUCACAAGUGCAAAGCGAUUUCAGUAUGUGCCUCAGUUGUUUUACCAGUGGGUUACAUGAAGAAAUCCGGCUCUUCGAUGGUGCUAUUGCUGAGUCAUGUGGCUUAAAGAGGUCAGUGAUUGCUGUAGUGAUGGGUGCUCAGAUGGAUUUGAAGUUCAAGGUAGCCUCAGUCUUAUGCAUCCCUGGUGAACAUUGUUGUUCCUUUAAGGCGACCAAGCAUGGGCGUGCUACUCAAGAGAUAAAGACUGAUUUUGCGUUAAUUACAGUGAAGGUGACUUGGUCGACUUUGGACUGAUGGGAUCUAGGCUUAUAACUUUUCCAUCUAAGCUUGGCACGGCCAGACUUAUGUGGCAAGAACAUUGGCCUAACAGCCUUAGAUUGAACUUAGUCAACAACAAAAAAAAAAGGUGAGGUCUGUGAUGACUUGUGGGCUUGUGGCAGCAAUCAAACACUUCACUAACAACAUUUCAGCUGUCUACUGUUAGAUCUGGCAACUUUGGGUUGUAAUCGAACUAGUGUAAUAAGGAGAUAUUUAGAUACUAAUUAGGAGUAUUAAAUAUAGAUUAAUUACAAAAUCAAUUGCA